AUGUGGUUUCUAUGGGCAUACAUUCAAGUGAAAAUACUCGCACCGCUACUCGCAGUUAUCCAAAUACUAAUAGUUUCUACAUCAUCACUGUUCCUUAACAACGAGCACUAUCCCAAUCAAGCAAAAGUCUAUGAUGGUGAAAGCUUUGACUUCAUCGUCAUCGGCGGUGGCUCAGCUGGCUGCGUCGUCGCCAAUCGGCUCACUGAAGUCGGCAACUGGACGGUGCUACUCGUUGAGGCUGGAGAUGACCCUCCAUAUGUCUCUGAAAUUCCUGCCAUAUCCAUAUUACUGGGCGCGUCAUUUCCAGACUGGAAUCACUACACGGUGAAGGAUGGCGUAACAGCUGGGGGCCACGACACGGGAACCAUCCACCAAACAAUGGGGAAGAUGCUAGGUGGCUCCAGCAACAUCAACUACAUGUUCUACGUGAGAGGAAAUAAGGCUGAUUACGAUGAAUGGGCAGCCAUGGGAAAUAGAGGGUGGGACUGGGAUUCUGUCCUGCCAUAUUUUAAAAAGACCCAACGUUUACGCAGCGACCUGAUUUCCAGAAGCCAAUCUUUCUCGUUACACGGAAGUGAAGGCUACCUCGGGGUUACAAGCGUACGAGAUAAGCAAACAAAAAAAUAUUUUGACGCAUUCAAGGAAAUGGGUCAUGACAUUUUAGAUGACAUAAAUGGUUUCGAGCAGCUAGGAUAUUCCGUUCCGAGUUACACCUUAGACAAGCUACGACAGAGUGCUGGAUUUGCAUUCAUUACACCGAUAAAAGAUAGGCCAAAUUUAUUUAUACUUAAGAAUACGUUAGCAAGAAAAGUUAUUUUUGACGGCAAGAGAGCUGUAGCAGUAGAAAUUCAAGAAUCGAAGGGUGUUAUAAAAACCUUAAAGGCUACAAAGGAAAUUAUACUCUCAGCUGGAGCGGUGAACAGCCCUCAGUUAUUGAUGCUAUCAGGCAUUGGACCAAAAGAUCAUUUAGAAGAAAUGGGUGUUAAUACAUUGUUUAAUUCCCCAGACGUUGGGACUAACCUUCAAGAUCACAUCGUUGUACCAGUAGUAUUAACAGGGGAAAGUUCGACAACACUGCCCAUCUUGGAUGAUCUGAAACUGUUAAAUAACUUGGACAGAUUCCCCGCAUCAACAAUCAUGGGACAUGUUGCGUUGGAAAAGAAUCAGAGUUUUCCCGACUACCAAGUCACCGCGUUUCCGUUAAAAAGAGGAACACUUUUGGCGACACUUAUGUGCUCCAAUGUAUUCAAUUGGAACGACCAAAUAUGCAUUGCAAUGGCUGAUUCAACGAAACAAGAUACCUUAUUCGCAUUAGUCACAUUGUUACACCCCAAAUCCAGGGGUAAGAUUCGUUUAAAGAGCAUAAAUCCAAAGGACAACCCUCGAGUAUACGCUGAUCACCUUUCCAAUAAAGGUGAUGUGAAAAAAUUUGCACAAUGCCUUUUAGACUACACGAGUGUGGUAAAUGCGAAAUCUUUUAUGAAGGUUAAGUCGAAAAUAGUUGAUUUGAAAGUUAAACAAUGUAACCGUAAACCAUUCGCGAGUACAAAAUACUGGGAGUGCUAUGCUUUGAACUUGCUGGCGUCACAAUACCACGUAUCUGGAACUUGUGCAAUGGGUACAGAUGGAGUUGUAGAUAAACGAUUAAGGGUAAGAGGCGUUAAAGGUCUUAGGGUAGUAGAUGCGAGCGUAAUGCCAAAAAUUGUAAGCGGAAAUACAUACGCUGUUGUUCUAAUGAUUGCGGAAAAAGCGUCUGAUAUGAUAAAAUCUGAUAACGGUGUCAGCGCUUGAUGCAAUAAGAAGUUGUUGUUUUCAAUUAAAACUGCCCAAAAAACUUGUAGGUUAUAAACAAGAUUGAGUUUGCUAAGCCACGUAAACAUGUUUUGAUAACCUGAGAAUUUCCUUUUCUGAGAUAUUUAAGGUUCAAACGUUGUAUUUUACAGAACCUACUUACUGAGCACUCAUUAAAACUCUUCAAACACUUCCCGUGUGGGUAAGACGUCGA